AUGGCUUUCGCUGGCGUCUCUGUCAUCGACGACGGCAAGCUGUGCGCCUCCACCGCGUCGCCUGUCGACGCCGGCUACGACGACAGCGGCUACCACUUGCUCGUGGUCCAGGGCUACACUCGUACCACCAAAGACACGCCAACGGGCGAGUAUGUUGAGUCUCGUCCUUUCAAAGUUGGAGGCGUUCGCUUCCUUCUCCGCUGUUACCCUAAUGGACGGAAUGAGGACGCCAAAGAAUUUAUAUCCGUUACGCUUGACUUUGGCGAACAAGACCCGGGAGUAGUACAUCUUUUUCCCGUUUCAGUUCGGUGUGCAAAAAGCUUAAUUGACCAGACAGCCCAGCAAGUGUCAUCAGAAAUCAAACGAGGAGAUGAAACCUACAUAUCUACAGAAUGUCUCUACGAGGAUGUCGUUAGAAGGGAUGUCUUGGAAAGGUCUAGGCAUCUAAAAAAUGACAGCUUCACUAUCCGCCAUUUCAGCAACCUCCUCCUGACCAAGAAGGGCAGUGACAUUACCUUUGAGGUUGGCGGCAAGAUGAUUGCGGCGCACCGAUGCGUACUUGGGGCCCGAUCUUCUGUCUUCAUGGAACAGUUCUUUGGGGCCGGCGUCAUGAAUGAGGGCGCUACUGCAACAAGUGUUGUGAAGAUAGAUGGCAUCAAAGAAACCGUGUUCAGGGGCUUGCUUACUUAUGUCUACACAGAUGCAUUGCCCUACAUCCGCUCGGACAAGAUGGAGGAAGAUGAAGGAGAAAAGCAAGAAAGAAACGGCAAGGGGCAGGUUGAAGCAGGAGAAGAAGAAGGAGAAACAGAUGAAGAGGAAACAGAUGAAGAGGAAAGAGAAGAGAACAGAUGAGGAGGAAAGAGUAAAGGAUGUGAUGUGGUUUCUGCACAUGCUUGAAGCUGCGGAUAGAUAUGAUCUCCAAGGUCUGAAAAUGAGCUAUGAAGAGGCGUUGGCCCGUUCUCUAUGCGUGAGCAUGGUGGCGGACAUUAUUGUUGGAGCUGAGCAGAGACGGUGCCAGUGGUUGAAGGAGGUGUGCCUCCAGUUCAUCAACUCUCAUACAAGUUUGCCUUCUGUUUUCACGCCUGAGGUAUUGGCAAUGGUGAUCAGAACCUCAAGCCUCUCCGGUCUCAAGGAGCUCAUGUCAAAGUUUGCUUCCUAGGUAUCUCAAGAAUCAUGUUGUCCUAUAUAUGCAUCUCCUUUCUGAAACGUUAAUAUGUCAUCGAUCAAUUCGUACUAUGUAUCCGACCUGGAUAUGAGAGGGUCCUAGCUAGUAGUGUGUCCAUUUCCUAUUAGCUACUGGAGUAUUCUUCUAUUUAUGUACUGGAUGCUGAGAACUUGAUGCAGUUAUCUAAUGUAAGCAAUCUAUUUCUAUUUUUUGUGCAGUAGCUUGCUAUUUUUCUGUUGUUCAUGGAUCUGUGUUGAUAUGUUGAGCAAAAGAAAAGGUU